ACUAAAUGCCUAUGUCAACCAUGUAUAGUGUGUAGACGUUUUCUUUUAAACCAUUUGUUUAUAAGCCCCUUGAGCACCCCCCCCCCCUUCUCUCCCCCUUCUGCCACUGUCUCACUGUCUAAGGACAGAGGAGACAACAAGGCAACAAUGGUAGACAACAGAAUAAACUGUCUGGUUGUAGCUAGUCUAGCUGCGGGGCACGUACCUAGGGUAUGGAGCCGGCUGGGAAUCAUGAAUAGACGAGAAAUAAAGCCACUAUUGUUACCGCGUCUGGUUAGUUACCGCACGAUAUCGUUAGAUACCACACGUGAGAAAUACAAUGAUUUCACUAAGCGCGGACAUAAAUCCUGA